GAUAUCGAGUUGUAACGCAAUCUGCUUUUCCUUGAGGGUUGAGUGGAAAGCGCGCUGAUAACACCGUUUUAUUUUAAUUAUAAUAAUAGUUAUUAUUAAUUUUCUCCUAUCACCAUGUCUUAUAACUACGUGGUGACGGCCCAGAAGCCCACCGCGGUCAAUGCUUGCAUUACGGGUCACUUCACCUCCUCGGAGGAUCUGAAUCUGCUCAUUGCGAAGAACACGCGGCUGGAGAUCUACGUGGUGACUCCGGAGGGGCUUCGGCCGGUCAAGGAGGUGGGCAUGUACGGCAAGAUCGCCGUCAUGGAGCUGUUCAGGCCCAAGGGGGAGAGCAAAGACCUUCUCUUCAUCCUGACGACCAAGUACAACGCCUGCAUCCUAGAGUACAAGCAGUGUGGAGACAGUAUCGAUAUCCUGACCCGCGCACACGGCAACGUGCAGGAUCGCAUCGGCCGGCCCUCGGAGACGGGAAUCAUCGGGAUCAUUGACCCGGAGUGCCGGAUGAUCGGGCUGCGGCUGUACGACGGCCUGUUCAAGGUGAUCCCGCUGGACCGGGACAACAAGGAGCUGAAAGCCUUCAACAUUCGUCUGGAGGAGCUGCAGGUCAUUGACGUCAAGUUCCUGUUCGGCUGCCAGGUGCCCACCAUCUGCUUCGUCUACCAGGACCCCCAGGGGCGUCACGUGAAGACCUACGAGGUCUCCUUGCGAGAGAAGGAGUUCAACAAGGGCCCCUGGAAGCAAGAGAACGUGGAGGCGGAGGCAUCCAUGGUCAUCGCAGUCCCAGAGCCCUUCGGAGGAGCCAUCAUCAUUGGACAGGAAUCGAUCACCUACCACAACGGAGACAAGUACCUGGCCGUCGCCCCGCCCAUCAUCAAGCAAAGCUCAGUUGUGUGUCACCACCGCGUGGACCCAAGCGGCUCACGCUACCUGCUGGGGGACAUGGAGGGCAGGCUGUUCAUGCUGCUGCUGGAGAAGGAGGAGCAGAUGGACGGGUCGGUGACCCUGAAGGAUCUGCGCGUGGAGCUGCUGGGGGAGACGUCGAUCGCAGACUGCCUGACCUACCUGGAUAACGGCGUGGUGUUCGUGGGGUCCCGGCUUGGAGACUCUCAGCUGGUGAAGCUGAACGUGGAUAGCAAUGAGCAGGGCUCGUACGUGGCAGUGAUGGAGACCUUCACUAACCUGGGCCCCAUCGUGGACAUGUGUGUGGUGGACCUGGAGAGGCAGGGGCAGGGGCAGCUGGUGACCUGCUCCGGAGCGUUCAAGGAAGGAUCCCUGCGGAUCAUCCGGAAUGGGAUUGGGAUUCAUGAGCACGCCAGCAUAGACCUGCCCGGGAUCAAAGGGCUGUGGCCCCUCAGGUCUGAUGCGAGCCGGGACACUGAUGACAUGCUGGUGCUGUCCUUCGUGGGGCAGACUCGGGUGCUGAUGCUGAAUGGAGAGGAGGUGGAGGAGACAGAGCUGCCUGGCUUUGUUGAUAACCUGCAGACCUUCUUCUGUGGGAACGUGGCGCACAAGCAGCUCAUACAGAUCACGUCUGGCUCAGUGCGCCUGGUCACCCAGGAGAGCAAGGCCCUGGUGAGCGAGUGGAAGGAGCCCAACGGCAAGAACAUCAGUGUGGCGUCCUGCAACAGCAGCCAGGUGGUGGUGGCUGUGGGGAGGGUGCUGUGCUACCUGGAGAUCCAAUGCGGAGAGCUCAAACAGAUCAGCUCCACAGAGAUGGAGCACGAAGUGGCCUGCCUGGACAUCACCCCUCUGGGGGACAGUAACGGGGUGUCCCCUCUGUGCGCAGUGGGACUGUGGACGGACAUCUCCGCACGGAUCCUCAGCCUGCCCUCCUUCGACAUACUGCACAAGGAGAUGCUGGGGGGAGAAAUCAUCCCACGUUCGAUCCUCAUGACCACAUUCGAGGGGAGUCACUACCUGCUCUGUGCGCUCGGAGAUGGGGCGCUCUUCUACUUUGGACUCGACAUCCACACUGGUGUGCUGAGUGAUCGUAAGAAGGUGACCCUGGGCACUCAGCCCACAGUCCUGCGCACGUUCCGCUCGCUCUCCACCACCAACGUCUUCGCCUGCUCUGACCGGCCCACCGUCAUCUACAGCAGCAACCACAAGCUGGUCUUCUCCAAUGUGAACCUCAAGGAAGUCAACUACAUGUGCCCCCUGAACUCCGAGGGGUACCCCGACAGUCUGGCACUUGCCAAUAACAGCACCCUAACGAUCGGCACCAUCGAUGAGAUUCAGAAGCUGCACAUUCGCACCGUGCCCCUCAACGAGUCUCCCCGGCGUAUCUGCUACCAGGAGGGGUCCCAGUGUUUUGGGGUGCUGUCCAGCAGAGUGGAGGUGCAGGAUGCCAGCGGGGCGACAACAGCAGUGCGACCCAGCGCCAGCACACAGGCCCUGUCCAGCAGUGUGAGCUCCAGUAAGCUGUUCCCAAGCAGCACCUCCCCCCACGAGACUUCAUUUGGAGAGGAGAUCGAGGUGCACAGCCUGCUCAUAGUGGACCAGCACACCUUCGAGGUGCUCCACGCUCACCAGUUCCUGCAGAAUGAGUUUGCCCUGAGCCUCGUCUCCUGCAAGCUGGGGAAGGACCCCAACAUCUACUUCAUCGUGGGGACCGCCAUGGUGCACCCCGAGGAGGCUGAGCCCAAGCAGGGGCGCAUCGUCGUCUUCCAGUACUGCGACGGUAAACUGCAGACUGUGGCUGAGAAGGAGGUGAAGGGGGCCGUGUACUCCAUGGUGGAGUUCAAUGGGAAGCUGCUGGCCAGCAUCAACAGCACAGUGCGUCUGUACGAGUGGACUGCGGAGAAGGAGCUUCGCACAGAGUGCAACCACUACAACAACAUCAUGGCUCUCUACCUGAAGACCAAGGGAGACUUCAUACUGGUGGGGGACCUGAUGAGAUCGGUGCUGCUGCUGGCAUACAAACCCAUGGAGGGGAACUUCGAGGAGAUCGCUCGAGAUUUCAACCCCAACUGGAUGAGCGCUGUCGAGAUUCUUGACGAUGACAACUUCCUGGGGGCGGAGAACGCCUUCAACCUGUUUGUGUGUCAGAAAGACAGCGCUGCCACCACGGACGAGGAGCGGCAGCACCUGCAGGAGGUGGGUCUGUUUCACCUGGGUGAGUUUGUGAACGUGUUCUGCCACGGCUCUCUGGUGAUGCAGAACCUGGGCGAGAGCUCCACCCCCACGCAGGGCUCCGUGCUGCUCGGCACCGUCAACGGCAUGAUCGGUCUGGUGACCUCUCUGUCUGAGAGCUGGUACAGCCUCCUCCUGGACCUGCAGAACCGACUCAACAAGGUCAUCAAGAGCGUGGGCAAGAUCGAGCACUCCUUCUGGAGGUCGUUCCACACGGAGAGGAAGACGGAGCAGGCGACAGGCUUCAUCGACGGGGAUCUGAUCGAGAGCUUCUUGGAUCUCAGCCGGCCCAAGAUGCAGGAGGUGGUCAGCGGUUUGCAGAUCGAUGACGGGAGCGGGAUGAAGAGAGAGGCGACUGUGGACGAGCUUAUUAAAAUCGUGGAGGAGCUGACCAGAAUCCACUAGCCAGGGAUGCGGGUUUGAGGGAGAGAGGGGGGUGCUGUGCAUUGUAAAUAUAUAAAUAUAUCAGUCAGCACGAUCCAGGGGCC